AUGGCAACUACAACUUCAUACUUUGAGGAUCUACGAAUUAAAACCGAGGUCAUUGAUCCUCCCCAAAGCAAAGACAUGGUGGAUGUUGGUGAACAUGUGAAUGAUACUGCUCAAAGUGCUCUAAAGCCUAACUUGACUGGGUCUGGCAGCGUUCGUGAACUAUUGGAAUGCCCAGUGUGCUUAAAUGCAAUGUACCCUCCGAUACAUCAGGUUUUCAGUUGCUAUGGUCAGUAUUUCUGUUUGCACUUCGAAGCAUUCCAGCUUAAGAUGGCUCCCGUCUACAUAGCAUUCUUGCGGUUUAUGGGUGAUGAUAACGAGGCAAAGAAUUACAGCUACAGUCUUGAGGUUGGGGGGAAUGGGAGGAAGCUGACUUGGCAAGGGGUGCCUAGAAGCAUAAGGGACAGCCAUAGGAAGGUUCGUGACAGUUUUGAUGGUCUCAUCAUCCAGCGGAACAUGGCGCUUUUUUUCUCCGGUGGAGACCGGAAGGAACUGAAGCUCAGGGUUACUGGUAGGAUUUGGAAAGAACAGUGA